AUGCCAGUAAACCCCCUCGCCACUUUCCCCAGUGUGUAUGUCUGUGUGUGGGAAGCCUUCCCAAUUCUCCACCUUCUCACUGCUCAAGCUUCCCACAGCUCCACCUUCCCACUGCUCCACUCUCCCACAGCUCCACUCUUCCACAGCUCGACCUUCCCACACCUACAUCCUCUAGCCACUCCACCACCCCCACAUCUCCACUUCUCUCACAGCUCCACCCUCCCACAGCUCUGCCUUCCCACAGCUCUACGAUUCCACAGCCCCAGCUUCCCAUAUCUCCAUCUCUCUCACAGCUUCACCUUCCCACAGCUCCAACACUCCCACAGUCCCACCUUUCCACAUCUCCAUCCUGUCGCCACCCAAACCACUCCCACGUCUCCACCUUCCUACAGCUUCACCAUUCCCACAUCUCCACCUUCCCACAGCUCUACGGUGACGCGGUUCCAUCUUCCCACAGCUCCAUCUUUCCACAGCUCCACCACUCCCAUAGUUCCAUUAUCCCACAGCUUUGCCCUCCUACAGCUCCAACACUCCCACAGCACCACCUUCCCACAUCACCAUCCACCCACAACUCCCCCUUUCCACAGCUCUACCCCUCCCACAGCUCCAGCACAGCUCUACCACUCCCACAGCUCAACACAGCUCUACCCCUCCCACAACUCCAGCACAGCUCUACCACUCCCACAGCUCCAGCACAGCUCUACCACUCCCACAGCUCCAGCACAGCUCUACCACUCCCACAGCUCUAGCACAGCUCUACCCCUCCCACAGCUCCAGCACAGCUCUACCACCCCCACAGAACUAGGACAGCUCUAUCCCUCCCACAGCUCUAGCACAACUCUACCACUCCCACAGCUCCAGCACAGCUCUACCCCUCCCACAGCUCCAGCACAACUCUACCCCUCCCACAGCUCCAGCACAGCUCUAUCCCUCCCACAGCUCCAGCACAGCUCUACCACUCCCACAGCUCCAGCACAGCUCUACCCCUCCCACAGCUCCAGCACAGCUCUAUCCCUCCCACAGCUCCAGCACAGCUCUACCACUCCCACAGCUCCAGCACAACUCUACCACUCCCACAACUCCAGCACAGCUCUACCACUCCCACAGCUCCAGCACAGCUCUACCCCUCCCACAGCUCUAGCACAGCUCUACCACUCCCACAGCUCCAGCACAACUCUACCCCUCCCACAGCUCCAGCACAGCUCUACCACUCCCACAGCUCUAGCACAGCUCUACCACUCCCACAGCUCAACACAGCUCUACCCCUCCCACAACUCCAGCACAGCUCUACCACUCCCACAGCUCCAGCACAGCUCUACCCCUCCCACAGCUCCAGCACAGCUCUACCACCCCCACAGCUCAGCACAGCUCUACCACCCCCACAGCUCCAGCACAGCUCUGAAACCCCUACAGCUCCGGUACAGCUCUACCCCUCCCACAGCUCCAGCACAGCUCUACCACCCCCACAGCUCCAGCACAGCUCUACCCCUCCCACAGCUCUAG